AUGACAUUCAAAGCCAAAUCAAAGAACGAGUUGCUUGAAUUCCACGUCCUCAUCAGUGAUGGUACAACGUUAACCACAGGUCAAAUUUUCGAUGUUCCUGCCAACACUGUUGAAAUAGAAAAUGUUGCUCGCUUUGCCGUUGACCAAUACAACAAAAUUGGGCGUGCAAAUCUAGUGUUUGUGAGGGCGAUCCAUGCAAAGAAGCAGGUUGUGCAUGGGUUCAAUUACUUCAUAACCUUGGAAGCAAAAGAUGGUGAUAUUAUAAAAGUUUAUGAAACCAAAGUGUGGGCAUUCUCAAACUCUAAGGAGUUGUUGGAAUUUCAUGUCCUCGUCCGUAAUGAUACAACGUUAACCAAAACAGGUCAAAUUUUUUAUGUUCCUGCCGACACAAAAGGUGGUGAGAUCACAAGAAAGUAUGGAACCAAGGUGUGGGAAUUCAUGAACUCCGAGCAGUUGUUGAAAUUCCACAUCCUCGUUGGUAAUGAUACAACAUUACCCAAAGCAGGUCAAAUUGUCGAUGUUCCUGUCAACACCGUCGAAAUAGAAAAUGUUGCUCGCUUUGCCGUUGAUCAAUACAACAAAAAUGCGCAUGCAAAUCUAGUAUUUGUGAGGACGAUUCAUGCAUGGAAGCAGGUUGUGAAAGGGUUUAACUACUUCAUAAACUUGUUAGCAAAAGAUGGUGAAAUUAUAAAUUUGUACGAAACCAAAGUAUGGGAAUUCUCGAACUCCAAGGAGUUGCUGGAAUUCAAGCUUGUUGCAUGCAAAUCAUGUGGUCAUGAGGGAAGUGAUAUUGCUCCACAGAAGUGCUCUAUCAAAGUACAUGAAGAAAAAUCAUGUGAUACAAUGAGAAGAGAAACUAGAUACGAGUCUGAUUAA